GGCUGCGUCAGUUCCAAGCUCUGCUGUGCAACUUACACGCUCAGGUUCAGGACGCCGCAUCCCUUCGCCGCGACAGCGCUUGCAGCAGCCGGUGGUACCCGGAGUCCCCGAGCCCGACACCGGAGGGCGAGAUGAACGCGCUGGCCUCCCGAGCCGUCCUGAGCUGCGAUCGCUGGUGGCAACCCGAGCCGGCGCUCCUGCCCCCAGGUUGACGCGUAGCCCCCCAUCGGUGAGCGAGGGGUCCGAACGCCUGGGCCCCGAGCAGUUGGGGAGCUGGGGAUCAGACUCCUGCACAGACAGAUGGCCCCAGGCCAAGUGCCCCAUCAGUCUGCCCCCUGGAGGGAUACCUACCCCUUUUUCCUCCUGUCCCCGCUGAUGGGCCUUCUCAGCAGGGCCUGGAGCCACCUGAGAGGCCCAGGAUCUCCAGAACCCUGGCCGUGGGAAGCAGUAACCAAAACGGAUCGGGGAAAACCUGGCCUGGAGAGAGAAGCUAAGACUUUUCUAGUCCCCCACCAUCCCCUCUGGGGCAGGCACUUUGAAGAAGAGAUUGGAGACAGUGGAGCAAGUGAUGAGAAUGGAGAAGCAUUUUGGGGGGCCCGCCAUAAUCUAAAAGCCAACAGCUCUUCUCUUAAAGCAGGGGGACUUUCAGAUAAUGAAGAUGAAGAAUAUGGUGGGGAACAAGCAGCAACCAGUGUCCCUAAAGAGCAGGAAAGUGAAUUCCUAGAUGGCCAGCCUGCUCCCCUGUCCCCCAGCCUUCUGAUAAGAACCCCACAGGACCCUUCUGAGGAGAAAUCUGAGGAAGGAGGAGCUGCAGAAGACAAAGUGGUCAUGUUCUUCUCUUUUCCUCCAUCACACUGGGAGUGUUGUCCAGGGGAGGAAAAGGAGGAAGGAGAAGCUAUAAACAAAGAAGCUUCCAGAACACCGAUUUUCCCUUUAUCUCCAAGAUCCAAGCCCAAAACUCGGGUGUACUGUCCCAGGGAGGAAGAAGAUAAAGCCAUAGAGGAAGAAAGAACAGAGGAUAAAGAAGCCACAAAAAGCUCCAUUUCCUCCUCAUUUUCAGGCUUUUGCCCCGGGGCCUGGGAGUGUUGCUCAGGAGAGGAAUGGGAGGAGGAGGAGGAUGAAUUCAGUGAUUCAGGAGCAGCUGAGGAGGAAGGAGAAGCUGAGGUUCUCUCUUCCAUCCCAUCCACAAGUGCCCUCAUGAGGGCCUGGGUGUAUCGGCCAGGAGAGGAGUCAGAGGAAGAAGAUGAGGACAGUGAUUCAGGAGCAGCUGAAGAGGAGAGAGAACCUGAGGGUCCUUCCUCCAUCCCAUCCACAAGUGCCCUCAUGAGGGCCUGGGUGUAUCGGCCAGGAGAGGACUCCGAGGAAGAAGGUGAGGACAGUGAUUCAGGAGCAGCUGAAGAGGAGGGAGAACCUGAGGGUCCCUCCUCCAUCCCAUCAACAAGUGCCCUUGUGAGGGCCUGGGUGUAUCGGCCAGGAGAGGACUCAGAGGAAGAAGAUGAGGACAGUGAUUCAGGAGCAGCUGAAGAGGAGGGAGAAGCUGAGGGUCCCUCCUCCAUCCCAUCCACAAGUGCCCUCGUGAGGGCCUGGGUGUAUCGUCCAGGAGAGGACUCAGAGGAAGAAGAUGAGGACAGUGAUUCAGGAGCAGCUGAAGAGGAGGGAGAAGUUGAGGGUCCCUCUUCCAUCCCAUCCACAAGUGCCCUCGUGAGGGCCUGGGUGUAUCGUCCAGGAGAGGACUCAGAGGAAGAAGAUGAGGACAGUGAUUCAGGAGCAGCUGAAGAGGAGGGAGAAGCUGAGGGUCCCUCCUCCAUCCCAUCCACAAGUGCCCUCGUGAGGGCCUGGGUGUAUUGUCCAGGAGAGGACUCAGAGGAAGAAGAUGACGGUGACUCAGGAGCAGCUGAAGAGGAGGGAGAAGCAUAUGAUCCCUCCUCCAUCCCAUCCACAAGUGCCCUCGUGAGGGCCUGGGUGUAUAGGCCAGGAGAGGACACAGAGGAAGAUGAUGAUUCAGAAGCAGUUAACUCAGAGCCAAGUCCCUCACUUCAGGCUCAGAGCACCCUCCUCAGGGGCUGGACAUACCAGCCUGGAGAGGACACAGAGAGAGGGGGAGAAGCUGAGCCCUGCCCCUUCCGAGUGGCCAUCUAUUUACCUGGAGAAAAGCCACCACCUCCCUGGGCUCCUCCUCGGCUGCCCCUCAGACUGCAGAGGCGACUCAAGCCCCCAGAAACCCCCACCCGGCAUCCAGACCCUGAGACUCCCCUAACGGCCAGAAAGGUCCGUUUCUCCGAGAAAGUCUCUGUCCAUCUCCUGGCUGUCUGGGCAGGACCGGCUCAGGCAGCCCGCCGCGGACCCUGGGAGCAGCUCGCCCGAGAUCGUAGUCGCUUCGCCCGGCGGAUCGCCCAGGCCCAGGAGCAGCUGGGCCCCUGUCUCACCCCUGCUGCCCGGGCCAGGGCCUGGGCACGCUGCGGGAACCCUACCCCUCCUCUGGCCACCACACCUGCUCCUGCCCAGACUUUACCAGUCUCCUCCAUCCAGACCACACCCUUGAGCCAUGUUGGGGCAUCUCCCUCCAUUCCUGUGUCCCUAUCCCCUGGCCUGGACCUCAGUGGGAGGCGUGGCUAAGAUCAUGUAGUUUCCUAUUUAUAUGAACUAUUUAUUUUGUGUGUGUGGUUUCAUACAAGAAAUAAAACCUUCUGAUUUGUAGCAAGCAA